CCUUGUGCCUUGUUAUUGGAUAUCCCUCCGGCCUCCGCCUUCCGACGCAGUUGUCAAAGAAAAAAAACCUAAGCUAGUUUGUAAACAACGUCGACGGAAGCUAUUCUUGGAGAUAUUUAAGAUCUCCCAGUCCGCGAAAAUGAAGUUUAUGUACAAAGAAGAACAUCCAUUUGAGAAGCGACGGUCCGAGGGGGAGAAAAUCAGAAAGAAGUACCCCGACAGAGUGCCUGUGAUCGUUGAAAAAGCUCCCAAAGCCAGAAUAGGAGAUCUGGACAAGAAGAAAUAUCUUGUCCCGUCUGACCUGACAGUGGGGCAGUUCUACUUCCUCAUUCGGAAAAGGAUCCACUUGAGGGCAGAAGAUGCCCUCUUCUUCUUUGUCAACAAUGUCAUUCCUCCCACAUCAGCCACUAUGGGGCUUCUUUACCAGGAGCACCAUGAAGAAGACUUUUUCCUUUACAUUGCCUACAGUGAUGAAAGCGUCUAUGGGGACGUUUUGAGAGACAUGUAACUAAUUUACUUGCCCAACACUACCCUUCCUUAAAAUAAAAUGAUCAAUAUGUUAGGCCACAUGAAGUGUACAUGUUGAAUGCACUUUCAUAUCCUCCAAAUCUGUUUAUGAAUUAUUGUUUGUUCUCUUUUCUGCCUGCAUAUUGUUCCUUCCUACUUAAGAGUUCCUCUUUGCUUUUAAGCAGACCAGAUACAACCUUUGACCUAGUCUGUUUAAGUAAAUUAGUGGUAAUCAUAUCCGUAAAAGCUUGUUCUACACUUCUCCUUUCACCUUUUCUCACUUUCCCUCAGCACCGACAUGCAUCCUGCAGUCACUUUGCUAUUCAGUCCAUCUUUAAUGUUUGGUUUGGUUUGGUUUUUUAGCAACCAUAUUUGCACAGACCAAAAUCACUGAUAAUACUAUACCAUGUAAUGUGUGUGUGAGUGUGUUUGUGUGCCAUUGCCAAUAAUUAUUAUUUUUCAAUCGGUUGAAAUUGUUUUUUUUUUUUGGUUCUUUUCAGUUGAGAUGUUGUAGGAGAUUGCUUGUUUAUGUUUCAAUUGUAUUAUAAUCAUUAAUAUUAGGUUGGAGCUUUUUUUUUGUUUUUUUUUGGCUUGUUUGUAUUAUAGAUUGGUGUGUUUUGUUUUGUUUGGUGUGUAAUUGUCAUGAUCACCAAUCAAAGCUUGCCAUCAUUAUAAACCUGAUGUAAAAAGCU